AUGAUAUGUCUCGUUAUUGCUCAAAACAAAUAUGAUGAUCAUAAUGAAUUCGAAUUUUAUGAUAUCAAUGGCUCAAUAAAAAAGGAAUUUGUAUUUAACUCAACAGAGAAACAAGGUAUUUUCUAUUGUUCUAGUCGAAUUGAUUUAAAUGAGCAAAAUAAUAACUUAAUGGCUUCAAUUAAUUAUUCAGUUUUAACCUCUCCAGCAUUUGAAUUAAAAACUGAACAAGUUAAUUCUACUACCAUACGUAUCCGUAUUAUACCCAAUGAUUAUAUUGGUAUUAAUCGCAUUAUUUGCCAUUGGAAUAAUAAUAUUACCUAUGGUAAACCGAUCAAUCUUACAAUUGGAGAAAAACCUGGUCUUAUUCAACUAAGUCAAUCUUGCCAAAUAUAUGAUCAUCAUUAUGUUCAAUGUAUAUUUCAUGCACCAGUAAUUGGACGUGCUUUUCGAAAUGGCUUUCCAAAAGUUUAUCAGUUUUCGGAAUUGACUUCUCAAAAAGAAUAUUUUCAUCCACCAAAAUUGAUUAAUAUUACUGAUGAAAAUGAACUUAUUUUUAAUUUUGUACCUCGUGAUAAAAAUCGAAUUCCGACGAAAAUUUCUAUGGAUGUUAAUAUAACAUUAAAGCAUUUUGGAUCAACUUAUUAUAAAUUUAACCUGGAAGCUAUACAUAUAGCUAAAACCGAUUUUCGAAUAGCACAUAUUUCGAGUAAUCACUUAACUAUAGUGAUUAAUUAUAAUAGCACAGGAACAGUAAGUGAACGUUUGUGUGUAGGACACGUUUAUCUAGUAGAUAAUCCGAAGGCAUCAAUGAUAGUUAAGGAUAUUAUGGAAACAUCAGCUCAAACGAUUUUAAUUAAUCGUCUUCAUUCAUCAACAAAAUAUAAAAUUUGUCUUUAUUGUUUUUAUGAACGAAUCGAUCAAUCAUUUCAAAAAGAAAUAUGUCAUAUAAUUACAACUAAAAGAACAAGUACAUUUAUUCUCUGGAUUGUUGGAGUGAGUAUUGCUGGGGGAUUUAUCAUAUUGAUUUUGAUCAUGUACGUAUUACGAAAGCAAAGUAAACAAAUGUUAAAUUUUUCAUAAAUGAUUAUUUUAUUUUAGAUAUA